AGGGGGACCCGGGAAGCCUCCGCCGCCGCCGCCGCUGGCCAAGGUGCUGGACACGAGAGGCUCAUCCGCCGCCCCACCAGCCCAGGCGUCCGCGGCUGCAGCUGCUGCAGCCUCGCUUCCCGCCAGGUCCCCAUGGAAGAGAUGGAGGAAGAGUUGAAAUGCCCCGUGUGUGGCUCCUUCUACCGGGAGCCCAUCAUCCUGCCCUGCUCCCACAAUCUGUGUCAGGCGUGCGCCCGCAACAUCCUGGUGCAGACCCCGGAGUCGGAGUCCCCCCAGAGCCGUCGGGCCUCGGGCUCUGGGGUCUCCGACUAUGACUACCUGGACCUGGACAAGAUGAGCCUCUACAGCGAGGCGGACAGCGGCUACGGCUCCUACGGGGGCUUCGCCAGCGCCCCCACCACCCCGUGCCAGAAGUCCCCCAACGGCGUCCGCGUGUUUCCCCCGGCCAUGCCGCCACCGCCCACCCACCUGUCACCGGCCCUGGCCCCGGUGCCCCGCAACUCCUGUAUCACCUGUCCCCAGUGUCACCGCAGCCUCAUCCUGGACGACCGGGGGCUCCGCGGCUUUCCCAAGAACCGCGUCUUGGAAGGGGUCAUUGACCGCUACCAACAGAGCAAAGCCGCGGCCCUCAAGUGCCAGCUGUGCGAGAAGGCGCCCAAGGAGGCCACCGUCAUGUGUGAACAGUGCGAUGUCUUCUACUGCGACCCCUGUCGCCUGCGCUGUCACCCGCCCCGGGGGCCCCUGGCCAAGCACCGCUUGGUGCCCCCGGCCCAGGGCCGCGUGAGCCGGAGACUGAGCCCGCGCAAGGUCUCCACCUGCACCGACCACGAGCUGGAGAACCACAGCAUGUACUGCGUGCAGUGCAAGAUGCCCGUGUGCUACCAGUGCCUGGAGGAGGGCAAACACUCCAGCCACGAAGUCAAGGCCCUGGGGGCCAUGUGGAAACUGCAUAAGAGCCAGCUUUCCCAGGCACUGAAUGGACUUUCUGACCGGGCCAAAGAGGCCAAGGAGUUUUUGGUGCAGCUCCGCAAUAUGGUCCAGCAAAUCCAGGAGAACAGCGUGGAGUUUGAGGCCUGUCUAGUGGCCCAGUGUGACGCCCUCAUCGAUGCCCUCAAUAGAAGGAAAGCACAGCUGCUGGCUCGGGUCAACAAGGAGCAUGAGCACAAGCUGAAGGUGGUUCGAGAUCAGAUCUCUCACUGCACAGUGAAAUUGCGUCAGACCACAGGUCUCAUGGAAUACUGCUUGGAGGUGAUUAAGGAAAAUGAUCCUAGUGGCUUUUUGCAGAUUUCUGAUGCCCUCAUAAGGAGAGUGCACCUGACUGAGGACCAGUGGGGAAAAGGCACGCUCACGCCCAGGAUGACCACGGACUUCGACUUGAGUCUGGACAACAGUCCUCUGCUGCAGUCCAUUCACCAGCUGGACUUCGUGCAGAUGAAAGCUUCCUCUCCAGUCCCAGCAACCCCCAUCCUCCAGCUGGAGGAGUGUUGCACCCACAACAACAGCGCCACGCUGUCCUGGAAACAACCCCCUCUGUCCACGGUCCCCGCCGAAGGGUAUAUUCUGGAGCUGGAUGACGGCAGUGGUGGUCAGUUCCGGGAAGUGUAUGUUGGAAAAGAGACGAUGUGCACUGUGGAUGGCCUUCACUUCAACAGCACGUACAACGCUCGAGUCAAGGCCUUCAACAAAACAGGAGUCAGCCCAUACAGCAAGACCCUGGUCCUGCAGACAUCCGAGGGGCCCAAGGGCUGCUCAGUUAUGAAACCGUUCCCUGCCAGACAGGAAGACACGCAGGCCUACAACCAGGACACAGAGGAAGACACAGAUUCAGAAGAACAGACCCUCCCUUUUCCAGUGCCUUCGGAAAGAUUGCCGCUCCGUAGAAUGAGUCCUUUCUCCUCCACCCUUAAUCUGCAACCCAGCUUCCCCGGGAGAUCCUACUUUGAUUUCCGAUCCUCACCCCACCAGAUGAGCUUGCAUUCUUCCUUGCAGUCUCUCAAUGCACCGGGAUGCAAUUUUGAGACACAGUCUGCACCUUACUCUCAAUUAGUUGACAUUAAAAAGCUGUUGGCAGUGGCCUGGUUUGCUUUUGAUCCUGGUUCAGCGCACUCCGAUAUCAUCUUGUCCAAUGACAACCUGACAGUGACCUGCAGCAGCUACGAUGACCGGGUGGUGCUGGGGAAGACUGGCUUCUCCAAGGGCGUUCACUACUGGGAGCUAACAAUAGAUCGCUAUGACAACCACCCCGACCCCGCCUUUGGCGUGGCUCGCAUGGAUGUGAUGAAGGAUGUGAUGUUAGGAAAGGACGACAAAGCUUGGGCAAUGUAUGUGGACAAUAACCGGAGCUGGUUCAUGCACAACAACUCGCACACAAACAGAACUGAGGGAGGGAUCACAAAAGGGGCCACAAUUGGGGUCCUCCUCGACUUAAACAGGAAAACCUUAACGUUUUUUAUCAACGAUGAACAGCAAGGUCCCAUAGCCUUUGAGAACGUGGAGGGUCUGUUCUUCCCAGCCGUCAGCCUGAACAGGAAUGUCCAGGUCACACUUCAUACUGGGAUCCCGGUCCCCGACUUCUACUCCAGCAGAGCAUCAAUAGCCUAAGGAUGUUCUGUGGGGGCUCCAGCUGCCGGUUUCCUUGGACUGAGAGGGCGAGAGGAGGGAGCUCCAACCUGACGGGAGGUAGAGUCGGCAGGAGGAGCGAGAGGAGAGAACAGCUGGUCCUCGGCAGACUUCACACCCACAGCCCAGCCCGUUCCCUCCGGCCUCUCCACGCUGUCACGCCUCUGUUCACUUCCCCAUCCAUCGACUCUCACCAAGCAAGGACCUACACAGCCACAUCACUUCCUUCCCACCCUCAGAUUAUGGUUUUAUUUCACUUAAUCUUUUUUGUUACGUGAGUUCAUUCCUUUUCUGAUCAUGUUAUUGGUGACUUACUGAACUGGCACUGCCAAGAAUAAAUUCUCCUGAGGUUUUCCUUAAGCUUUCCAUCAAAGAGGUUGUAGGGGUAGGUAGGGGAAAAGGAGCUGAAUUUGGAGCUUAUAGAUUCUCUUCUAGAAGGAAUUGCCCUAGUACCUCUCACGCACUGUUAGCUCUGCAGAGCUGAUCUUUGGGAGGUGAGCACAGUGACUCUAGAAUUGACAGGUUUUACUCCCUAUUGAAGCACAAAUUAUCAGCCACACGGGUUCUCAGCAGGGUAGGAGCCUUGAGAGGACCCCGUCAGUAAGUCAGGCCAGAAUCCCUGGCCAUUGUGUGAACUUGGAAAGACUCUACAGAAAGCCAAACCAGGAGAUUUGAUAUUUGAUUCAUUUAUUUAGUACAAAUUUUUAACGGAGAACAAUUAAAACGGGCACUAUUCCAGAUACAAGGACACUGUUCUAGACACUGUGGAAACAUUAGGUAAACAGAUGAGCAUAGUCUCUGUCCUCCUGCAGCUUACAGCCCAGUAGGAGAACCAAGCAGAAAUUAAACAAUUACAGAUAGUUAUGAGGACCAGAAAAGAAUUAUGGAGGUCAUACAGGCUCUUUGGCAACAUCUUUGACAUUUCCUAGAAGGACGCUAAAACGCACACAUUCCGGCCAUCGCACUGGAAAUAUACCAACUCAUUGCCUUCUCAACUGCAUUAUUUUAAUUAUGGUCCUUACUGCCACUCGUCACAGAGCCCUUCUUUGGGAGAAACACGAUCAGCAUUCCUACUCAUUAAUGCAGCAGUGUACUAAGCCUUAAACAUGGGUGGUUUAAAAAAUGGUGACCCAAGGGCAGAGGACUCCUCAGUAAUGGGAAUCUGCAGUUGCAGCCCACAGUAUAUUCACACCCUCAGGACAAGCAUGCUGCUCCGUGUGUCCUGUCUGUACCUGUUACAAAUGAAAAUCCGUCCUCUCUGCUGUCAUUCACAGCCUGACUUUCCAGAGCAAUUCUAAGAAUGCUGGAAAACCGAAAGCCCUAUGUCAUUACUAGGUCUGAAAGAAUAGUGCUUAUUAUUACUGAGUAAUGCUUAUUACUUAGAAACUUACCCUUCUCAUUCUUCAGUCUCACAUGAAGUUUUAGAAAUUGUAGGAUCUGAGCAGGGGAAAGUUCUAAUUAGCUGUCUAAAUAUACUCUAGUGAACCAAGAAAUUCCCCCAUUUAAAAAAAAAAAAUAAAGAAAACAAGAAUAGCAAAGACACGGGAAGAGGUCGAAUGGGAAAGCUAACAAAGUUUUAGCAAAAAUGAUAAAUGUAAAUAGCUAAUUAUUUACUUCUGUGCUUCCUUUAUUUCAAUUAUUUCUGUCAGUUGUGACUUUUUUUUUAGCUAGAACCUAAUUUAUUGGAUGGGUGCUAUCCUGUUUAUGUCCAUCUCGGUCUCCCGUGGCUACAGAAACACUCUGUUGCUGGACAACACUAGUUUGAUAUUUGAUUAUGCUCCAAUGAGACUCGAUGGCUGGGCCGCUGUAGACUCAUAGUUAUUCUCAUUCUCUAGAAAAGUUAUCCUGCUAAUUAGAUUUCUAGUGACUUGUAACACGUAGUUUACACUGAAUCGCAAUUAUAGAUGUAUACAGCUACUGUACUAGAAAAAAAAGGGUCAUUUUCAGUGUGCCAAUAAAUGAUUUUUAUGAGA